AUGACAGAUCUAAUCUCCUCUUUUUCAGACAAUGCAGCAGUUUUUGCCUUUCAACCAAAUAGUCAAAAGGAUGUUAUCGACCUCUAUCCAUUGGAUCCUAAUAGUAACUACCAAUGUAAAAGCUCAUUGGUAAAAACUAUUGAUUACGAAAAAGAUGAUCUAACAUUAUCUGACAUUAAAUUUUUAUCUUGGAUUAUUGAAAUAUCUGAUACCAAGAAUAAUUCUAAAAGAUCAAGAGAUGAUACCCUCAAUGGCAGUAAUCAAAAGUCCACUGUUUUUUUUGUAAAUGUAUUCAACGCAGGAAAAAUAGUUGUUUAUUCUGGAAAUGAAAUUGUUAAUAUUAUUAAAAACAAAAAUGACAUAAUAGGUCUAGCUACAACGGGCACUUCUAUCUGGAUAUUGGAUAGCGAGAAAACAAUUAAACAGUUUCAAUACAAUAGCUCUAAACCUUUGAAAAGUUUCCAUUUAGUUGAUGGUAAAGACGAAGAUAUUAUGGAUUUCCAGAUGCUAGAAGUUAAUCGUGAUGGCCCUGUACAUUUAGGAGUUGUCACAGAAAAAUGUGUUUACAUCAUAGAUCCAUUUGAAAAAAUCCCAUCCACUCUGAUUAAGCUUUCUGUAUUUGGUUGUGUUAGUUUGAAGUAUUUAGAUUCCAAACAUUUGAUUGUAGCUGAUCUAGAUACUAUUAAAAUUAUAGAGUUAAAUGAUAAAAUAGACGAUGAACCUUAUAAUGUCAUCCAAGUAUGGGAUUUUAAAGUUGAAAAAAUAAAAAUUUGGGGUGAUAAUAUAGUAGCAUUUUCCACUGAUAACACUAUUGGUGUGUUUAAUAAAAAUGAGUCUAGUAUUAAAUGUGUUAUUAGUGCUCAAAAAGCUGAGAUUAUUGACUUUGUGGUAUUGGACGAUCAAAGCAUCAUUGUUGCAUGGUUGAAUGUUAAUGAACCAAAUUUUGAGUUAAUCAAAUUACAAGACGUUAACAAUGAAAGUGAAAUUAUGAUAACUAAUAAAUCUUUAAAAGACAUACAAGACAGCACCAAUGUUACUGUUACCAACAAAUCUUUGCCAGAAGAAAAUGCUACUAAAAUACAAGAAGAGGGGGAUGAAGAGGAUAAAAAAUACAACAAAACUGAACAAAGGGAAAUUGCCAAUAAAUUAACCGAGUUGUUGGAAAAUUAUACCGGUAAAGACGAUGAUAAUGAAAUAUUGGUGUCUACAAAAUCUGACAAAUGGAACGAAGAUUUAAUUAGACAUUAUUUGAUAAAAAACACCAACACCGGGUUUCUCGGUAAAUUAUAUGAAAUAUUAAGUGGUAAGAUUACUGAAUCGCCUUGGUCUUUUGAUAACACAAUGCAUUGUAAAUGGCUAAAAUGGAUUCUAAUAUUGUUUAACAUCGAUGACUAUAUGUCAAAAGCGAAUAGUAUGAGUGCUGCCAACAAAAAGAAGCAUUUUAAUAAUGCGACUUUAAAAUCUAAAAGGCAAUUGAAAUCCUCACUAAAAAAUACCACAGCUACACUACCGUUAUUGUUAUCAAUUCAAGGGAAAUUAGAAAUGUUAAUAUCUCAAGCAGAAUUAAGACAAGAAAUGGGGGAUUUAAUCGUUAAUGAUAAGAGUAAGGAUAAUGGUAAUAAAAAAGCAAAUAUUGAUGAGGAAUUAGAUAAUAAUACUGAGGAAAUAGCUUAUGUAAAUGGUGAAGAAAACGAUGAAGAUGUGGAAAAGCAUUUUGUCGAUGCUGAGUGA